CCCACGGCCGCCAUAUUCUUCUUAGUCACGUUCUCCAUUGCCGGUGACGGAGAGGGGACUUACUUAGCCUACUUACUCUUCUGAUCUGGAUCCCACGCUUGAAAGUUGCUUCUUCCUUCUCCCUCACCAUCCCGCUUGGUGUCAUUCCUGUGCCCUUCUCGUUCGCCACACCUUUCCCCCAUUGCUUACUCCCAUCCUACCAUGCAGUUGUCUCGUUUAUAGGAGCUCCCCAUUCAAGCAACGCACUGUGACAUCUCCUCUCCUACAUUGCUCCCUUUCUGAAACUCCGCCAUGGCUUCGAAAGGAGCUGUCUUGCCUCUUCUGAGGCGCGAAUUGCGACCCACUUGGUCGCGAUUCUCCAGACCCUCCGCCUCUCUCGCCCCCUUCAGCAACUCCGCCCGAAUCUCGAACAGCUCCCUCGCAGCGUCCGGCAAGCGUGCCAUUCGUCGCACCUCGUUCUUCCCGCCCGUUCAGACUCGAGCCUUUUCGCAAUCACUAUCCCGAAAGCUGACUGAUGAGCAUGGCAACUUUGAUCCGCGACAGUUGGACAGGGAGUCGGAUGAGGUCGAUGUCUGUAUCGUCGGUGGUGGCCCUGCUGGUCUGGCUGCUGCCAUCCGAUUGAAGCAGCUCGCCAACGAAGCCGGCAACGAGGAGUUCCGUGUCAUCGUGUUGGAAAAGGCCGGUGAACUGGGUGCACACGUCCUUUCGGGUAACGUCCUGGAGCCUACCGCCAUGAACGAGCUGUUGCCAGAUUGGUUGUCGGAAGACAAUCCGUCUCGCUUCGAGAAUGUGACUCCGGCGAAGGAGGAUAAGAUGCGCUUCUUGACCAAAAACUCGGCCAUUCCGAUCCCUGCGCCGCCACAGAUGAACAACCAUGGCAACUACAUUAUCAGUCUGAACGAACUUACGAAGUGGAUGGGAGAAAGGGCUGAGGAAUUGGGUGUUGAAGUAUACCCCGGAUUUGCGGCCAGUGAACUCGUCUACAAGAAGUCAGAUGGAUCGGUCCUCGGUGUGGCCACCAAUGAUUUGGGUGUUGGUCGCGACGGCAAGGCCAAGGACAGCUUCGAGCGGGGAAUGGAGUUCCACGCCCGCGUGACCCUUCUUGCUGAGGGUUGCCAUGGUAGCUUGACGAAGCAGGUGGUCAAGAAGUACGACCUGAGGCGCGAUAGCCAGCCUCAGACCUACGGUAUUGGUGUGAAGGAGAUCUGGGAGAUCCAGCCCGAGAAGUUCAAGCCCGGUGAGAUCACACACUCCCUGGGAUACCCCCUUCCUAGUGACACGUAUGGUGGUGCGUGGAUGUACCACUUUGGCGACAACAUGGUCAGCAUUGGCUUGGUGGUUGGGCUGGACUACCCGAACCCCUGGCUGUCGCCCUAUGGCGAGUUCCAGAAGCUCAAGCACCACCCUCUGUACAAGGACGUCCUCGAAGGUGGAAAGUGCAUCUCGUACGGUGCACGGGCUCUCAACGAGGGUGGAUUCCAGUCGAUCCCGAAGUGCGCUUUCCCGGGAGGAGCGCUUAUCGGCGAUAGUGCUGGAUUCUUGAACGUUCCGAAGAUCAAGGGCACACACUCCGCAAUGAAGUCGGCCAUGCUUGCUGCCGAAUCCGCCUAUGCGGCCCUGCAGGGCAGCUCGGAGGGCUCUGUAUUCCUGUUCGACUAUGAAGAAGCUCUGCGCAAGUCGUCCAUCUGGAAGGAGCUGUACGAGGUGCGUAACAUGCGGCCCUCUUUCAGCACGCCACUGGGUCUCUAUGGAGGUAUCCUGUACUCUGGUCUCGAAGCAUACGUUCUCAAGGGCAAGGCUCCCUGGACUUUGAAGCACCAUGGCACGGAUGCUGCUGCGACCAAGAUGGCGUCUGAAUGCAACAAGAUCGAGUACCCCAAGCCCGACGGAGUGAUCAGCUUUGAUAUUCUCACCAGCGUCAGCCGCACGGGUACCAACCACGAGGAAGAUCAGCCAGUGCAUUUGCAGGUGGAGGACUGGGACAAGCACACCGAUGUUGCCUGGCCCAAGUACCAGGGUGUGGAGAACCGCUUCUGCCCUGCCGGUGUGUAUGAGUACGUGGAGGACUCUAGCAAGCCCCACGGCGUGCGCUUCCAGAUCAACUCCCAGAACUGCAUUCACUGCAAGACCUGUGACAUCAAGGUGCCUACCCAGGAUAUCAAUUGGCAGACACCUCAAGGUGGAGAGGGCCCGAAGUACUUCAUGACUUAGGCCUAGCGAUUUUUCAACACUUACAUAUUUCUCUCUACCCUUCAUCAGGGUACAAAAAGGAUUGGAUGGAUUAGAGUAUCCAUUGUGGCGUUGGUUACUAAUGUUUGAUCAUGUUUCAUUUCCAGGCCGGUGGAUGCCUGUUACGUUAUUGCGUGUUGAGCCCGGACGGGGCCUUGUAUAUAUAGUUGUACUCCAUAGUUUGCGGUGACGAUGAAUACUGAGUAUACCGGUUACUCGGG